AUGGAAAACCGAAACAAAAAAAAACCCCAACGACAUUACGCGGCGAACGUGAUAACCGCGCGAACGGAACGCGCGCACGCCAUCGCCGUUCGGGGUCACCGCCGCCGGAGGGAUAACGGAACCCGGCCGGGCCAUCCGCCGCCGAGUCGGGAGGCCGACCGGCCGGCCGGCCGCGGCCUAUCGGCCGGCGACGACGACGACGGUUGCCGAACGUCCGGUUUCUGGAAAAAAACGGCGGCGGUGGCGGUGGUGGUGGAGGCGGCGGCGGCGGCGGCGGCGGCGGCUGGAGGACCGUGUCCGUACGACUCCUCGUCCGUUCUUGCGCGACACGGUCUCAGUCUCGUACAAGACGCCGACGCCGCAGGACUUUAA